CACGAGCGACCGACUACCCCAGCCUGCCUGCCGCCACCCCGAAGCCCCUCCAGCUCCAGCCUGUGUAGGCUACUUCCCCAAUUCCCCAAACCGGACUCGGUACUUCUUGUCCCGAUGCGAACUCGGCUCUUUUUCUCACCCCAGAUGUUGUCGUAGUUAUGCCGGAAGACAAACAAACUUGAAAAGUACGGUAAACAGGAGCAGCUUUACCGGAGAAGUUUUUCCUUCUCUGCCCCAAUUUUUGGCCCCGCUGCGGGGCAGGACAGUCAGAGGAGGACGAGAGGAACAGGGGACCGUAUGAUGUGGAUCUGGUACCUUCUGCUUGGUUCGGGGUCAACCUCAAGAACUGUUGAGAGCCAGCUGCUCCCAGGGAAUAACUUCACCACUGAGUGCAACAUCCCUGGAAACUUCAUGUGUGGGGAUGGGAAGUGCGUCCCAGGUGGGUGGCAGUGUGAUGGACUGCCGGACUGCUUUGACAAGAGUGACGAAAAAGGCUGUCCCAAGGUCAAGUCAAAAUGUGCCCCGACUUUUUUUGCCUGCGCUAAUGGAGUCCAUUGCAUCAUCGGACGCUUCCGCUGCAACGGCUUCAGCGACUGCCCCGAUGGGAGUGACGAAGACAACUGCACAGGUAACCCACUGGUGUGCUCUGAGGCUCGCUUCAAGUGUCGAAAUGGCCACUGUGUGGACCGAAGCUUCUUGUGUAACGGCCAGGACAACUGUCAGGACAACAGUGAUGAGGAGCUGUGUCUGACCACUGCAGAAGCUCCAGGGCAGGAAUUUGUCACGCUGGACUACCGUCUGCGCUACUACCCCAGCAUCACCUACGCCGUCAUCGGCAGCGCUGUCAUCUUCGUCCUAGUGGUGGCACUGCUCGCCCUGGUGCUCCAUCACCAGAGGAAGCGGAGUGUCCUGCUGCCCAGGGGCGUGAGAGGGAGCUCGCAUCACCAUCAUCACCACCAUCAGCCGUUGCUGCUGUCCCGUCUUGUCAUCUUGGACCGGGGCCACGUCCACCCAGGAAGUUCAGGUCUCUCCCCUGACUCCCCUACCACAGUCGGGCAGUGCCGCUCCACCCCUCAGGCACUGCAGCUGCUGUCUGGGACACUUUAUCCUUCUGGACUCUCCUCCAUGGACUCACCUCCAUCAUACUCACAGGCUGUUAUGGACGUUAGUCGGCCUCCCUGGUUUGAUCUCCCUCCUCCCCCCUACCUCCCAGACGGGGAGCUUCCAUCAGAGGGAGAGUUGCCUCAAUACGAGGACCCACAAGACCCUUUGAGCCGCCCUGCAGCACAUCAAUCUGCACCCUCCACACCCAGAACUGUGGCCUCAGGCGCCCAGCCGAGUGCAAGCCCCAGAGAAGAGUCAGACCAGCUGUAGCCGCUCUUUUGUAGACUCUGAAGACUCAGAGAGUAAAGGACUGAAGGAGCGGGCUGCAGGGCCACAUGAGGCUGGGACAGUCUGGAAUAAAGAGGAGGAGAAUCAGCAGGGACAUGGAGACUGCAGGCUGAACAGAGCUCGUCACUCACUGCCUGUACAUUGUUUCACUGAGCACUGUGCUAAGACCAGUGCCUGUAAAGCUGACCUGGUGUGCAGGCGCCACCUAGUGGUGUCACAGCAUCACUACUUCUUCAUGAGUAACACAUUAAAAUAAUGCAUCAUCAGUUUUAGUCUGUUGAAAUAGGCUGCACUUACAGUAAUGACAUUUUUACCUAACUUUGACCAUAUCUGAGUCUCCUACUACCGUUCAUUCACAUUUUCAGUGCUCUGUUAGUCAUUGCUUCCUUUGGUGUCAUGUUAUCAUUUUGAUUGUUCUGACUCACUUCACAAUUCAUUCAACAGUGUUUUAGUGUAGAGUUUAUGGGAGCUCAUUUUUGUGAGUGAGAUGUUGGAUAAUAUUUUUCUGCUUAGAGGUACUUCUACAUUUCAGGACUUAGUUUAUUCAGAUCAUUACAUGUAAUGUGCUAGAUUUUAAACACAUUUUGAAGCUCUUAUGAGGUGUAAUAUUUAAAGCUUGUAACUGCUGCCAUAAGUUAGGAGCAGAAACCACUUUCAUUCAUGUUUUCUACUUCAACAAUUCACAAUGGGUGAUACUGUUGGUUUUGAAAAGUAAGCAGGGCAAGAUUUUUUCACUAGAACAUGACCUAAGCAUGUGCAGGGCAAGAUAAGCUAGGAGACAAAAUACUUUGCUUUUUCACAGAGGGCGCCAAAACUAACAUGGACUGAAAGUUCCUUCAGGGAGCUUCUAGGGGAAACCUACAUAUUACAGUGUUAUACCUUACUGGUUUAACAGUAGUGUCAUAUUUGUGAUGUACAAAGAAAGCCAUUUGGUUUCUACAUUUUGAGAAAAUUCAAACGGUAACUCCACGUGUAGGCUGCCUUUGUUGUGCAGUUCACUCUGGUUGAUGAUGACAAAUUCGAAAUGCCCUGCACUUGAACGUGAUGUGCGUUUAACCACCCUCUGUAUGCAUAAUUUUUUAUCAUCCAUUUUUCUGAUUGUCCUCACCUUGAUCUGUGUGACAGUAACUUGCUCCUUAUUAUUCUUCCUUAUACUUAAAAAUUUACUGCACUUCAAUUUAAAAGGGCUUAAAAGAUGGAGCUCCAUAGUAUGAACAAUUCAUAGUAUCCAUAGCAUGAACAAUUAAGAUAUGAUACGAUACGAUACAAUAUGAUAUGCCUUUUCUGAUCCCCCAUUGGGGAAAGUUGGUUAUUGUAACAAUUUUUAAAUCCCGCUGUCAAGAAAAGAGAGCAGAGAAAAGGUGACGGACACCACUUUUUUUGUUAAAUCCUUUCUUGUUUUUGUGUUGUUUUUGUUUUUAAACAGCAAUUAAUGCUGUACUGUGGACUUGUUACUGAGGUAUUAUCAUACCGGCAGAUUUUGAUACCGUUACAUCCCUACCAUUCGGAGUUGACAGUGGCUCAGUAGCCAGAGUCAGCUGUCUCUCAACUAGACAGUCGGUGACUUCUGUAGUUGAAUGUUAAUGUGUCAUUGGGCAAGACACUUAACCCCAAAUUACUACCAUUGCUGCAUCAGUUAUGUGUGGAUAUGUAUGGCUGCAUAUGAAUGGGAUUAGUUAUACUGAUGACAGCCUCCACCUUCGGGGUACGAAUGUGGAUGAAUGUGAUGUGAAUGGGUAGAUGUGACCUGUGGCUCAAAAAAACGAUUUGGAGUCUGACUACUAGAAAAGUGCUUAACAAUCUUAAACAAGUCUGUUUUCUAUGAACAACCAAGAAUGCCUUGUACAGCAAUGGUAGCCUACAUGUGGAUCUCAUUCAUUACUCCCUAUUCCCUAUAAAUAAUGUCAAAUGUGGACUAUAUAGUGUACUUACUGGCACAAAGACAAACUGGUUUCAGUCACUACUCCAACCAUGGACAAUGAUGUAAACACUGUUUCAUAAUUAAAAUGUGUUGCAACGAUGGCUGGGUAUCAAAAGUAACUGUAGAAUUUCACUGAAAGCUAAUACUAUGCUCAAUGCAUUUUUACAAAAUAUUAAAAUGAUCGUUAAAAAUAAAGUUCUGUGAGUUUUUAGCAUAGCAAUGAUACAUAUUUUUGUGCCAUUUCUCAUUUAUCCAUGCGUACAUAUCCUGUAAUGGCCAUGUCUCAGUAACAAUAAGGAAAAAAAAAAUUAUUCCAUUUAAAAUCCUUUAGGACAAGAUAAAAAUGUAGGUAAAAAUUCCUCAAAUAGUAACUUGUGUUUAUGUUCAGACAGGUCAUUCUCUCUUUCAUCUGGCUUGAAUGAGAGUAGUCACAAGUAAUUUUCUGCUUGUUAAAGCUUUGAACUGCAGUGCAUGAUGGUAAAUGUUGCUGGGAUAAUUGCUAGUAGGUGUUCACUGCCAUUGACUAAGCAUUGUUGGAUACAAUGAGAACAUUAUAUAAGCUAUAAUGAUACUCAGAAUUCAGAUGGCACAGCAUAAUAGUGUGUACUCACUUUAAGUAUAUUGUGAUACAGUGAUAUGCAUACAGUGAUGGUCACUAGAUACUGCAUUACAUUGUGAAUAGUGUUGUCUCUGACAGUCAGUGGUGCAAAUUUCUCAAAACGUAGAAAUUUAGAAUGUUUCUGUUUUACAACUAAAAGCACACAUGUUAAUCUAAAAAAGUCAACAUGUUUAAUAUGUGGGGCUCUUAUAAAUACUAAAGUAUUACUGACCGAAUUUAGCAGCCAAACAAAAAUCCAUCCAGCUGUGAUUAUACAAAACAAACAGAAGUACGCCUGCUUCCUGGCAAUGAUUUGAUCUGAAUGGUACUUAGUAAUAUUUUUACAGUACGUCAUGCUAAACUCAGAGUUAGCAAUAGUGCAAAGUUAUUCUAAAUAUGCUAUAAUAGUUUUGUGUUUUUUUCACAGUAAUUCAACAGCCUUUCUCGUUUUUAUUAGGUUGAAAAAUGUGAAGAGGACCACUGAGAUUUUUAAACAAUGUUUGGCAGAAAUUCUACAAGUAUUUAUUCAUAGGUAGUUAUAGAAAUCAUUCCUCCAAGUAUAAGAGCAACAUGUGUUUACUAAGAUAACAUCAGACCAUCAUUUUUUUUUACACACAGUCAAAACAGAAAUACAGAUAUUCUUCUGAGGCCUUAUUUCCUGCCUGUUUAUUGUUUGUGCGUUUGUAUAGGAUUGACCAACUUAUUUAUAACACCUUUAAAUGUCCGUCUGUACUGAAAUCACAAAGCACAAUCAAACAACAGCACACAUUUUAGCAUACCUGGAUUAGCUUUUACUUUUGAUUUUGUAAUGUAUAUACCUCCAGUUUUGUGUAUUUUUGGUACAUCCUCCUCUGUAGUAUUACUAUGACUGCUAAACAUCCAUAUCUGAAGGAUCCUUUAUUACUUGUACUACCUGUUUUGUAUUGACAUUUUUUGUUCAUUUCAGAGUUGUUGGUGUGACACUGUACAUAUAGGGAAAGAUCUAUUUAAAGUAGAGUUUAAAUUGAGAUUUGAAUGUUUAAAUGUGUUUGUGUUUUAAUUCUCUGGCAGUGAUCGAGCUGGAAAACAAUCAAACCAAAGAUAAUCAUUAAUACACGAAUAUGACCCUCCAAAGGAAUGAUUCUGUGUCCCAAGUGUUUGUACUUUUAUAGUUUGGAAGCAUAUAAAGGAUUAUUGAAUUAAAAAAUCAUCAUUGUUAUAUUUGUUGUAAAACUGGAAAGCAUUUCUCAGGAUAAAUUUAUGCCAGUCUCUCUCUCCUCGUUUCUAUCUUCAUUUGUUGAUGUGGAACAUUAAAGAUUGAAUGCCAUGUUUUCCUGAUCCCAUGAGGAUAUUUACAUAUCUGUGACGCUGCCUAUCUUGAUCUUUUCAUCUCUUGUAUUCUGUAUAUUGAAAGUAAUAUAAAAUUCUCA